AUUUUCUGUAGAAUUUCCACUACUUAAUAUUAUUUUUGUUUUGUGAGUUUUGUAUUAAAUGUAGACGGUGGUUAUAAUUGUUCAUUUUUUAAUUUAUUUAUCGUUGUUUUAUUACGAUCAUGUUGGUCUUACAGAGCACAUUGUUGUCGAUGGGUAUCAAUGCAUUUGGAUUUCUAAAGUAUAUUGUCGAACGGUAUUUGUACAGCCCCGAAAUUAUGGAUUCUAAGGUAAAAUAUUAUACAAUAAUAUAAUAUUAUAACGCAUUUUUCUAACUUGAUGAUUGUAAAUUAACAGAAAAAACAAAUUACAAAUAGAUUAUGUACAUUACUGAUAUUUAAUUAAAAUGUGUACAUUUUAAAUGUAAAAAUUCAUAUAUGUGUUUCAUAAAAUUGAAUAUUUUUAGGGAAAAAAUAGGAUCCAAUUCGUUAGUCAAAAAACGUGUGUGGCUAUAAACGAUGAAUAUGGUUUGAAAUUUUUUCCACCGUUGUAUAUUCAGAGGUAUAUGGUCGUACAAGAAAUUAUUGAUCAUCCCAUUUGGAACGGGUCGAUAAAAAAAGUAAAAUUAUUAUAGGCAUUUGUUAUUAUUAGAGUUAGAAACUAUUAGUAUUUUCAUAUAGUUUUGGAAAGUUUAAGAAAAAUAGCUGUGAAAUAUUUUAUACUGUUUGCGAUGUAAGCAAUUUAAAUCCUAAAUUUGAUUUGCAUAUUUAAUAUAUUUUGUUUAUAAGAGUAUAUUUUAGUAUUGUCUUGCUUUUUAGAGCAUAGGUAUUUUAGUAGUAUGUAGCUUUUACGUGUUGGUUUAAAUAAAACAUUAAUAUUGAGACUAUUAUAAGGUCAUUUUUUACUCAAUUGUUAACACUGGUCCUGGGUGGGUGGAUAUACUAUAAGAGUUACUGUGUAUGCUCUCAAAAUUCCUCUGUGCGUCACUGCUAAGCUUAAAGUAACUGGAUUUUAAAAAUAAGAUGUUUUAUGCUCUAUAAUUUCAUUAAAAUAUUUGAUUGUGUAUAUUUCGUAAACACGUUUAAAGUACUGGAAAAAACUAAUUAAAGUAAUAAUUUGUAAAAAAUUCAAGAGUAUUGAAUUAAGUUUAUUCUUUGAAAAGUAUUAUAAACUUGUUUCUUCUUUUAUUUUUAUAUUAUUAGUAUCUAUUAUCAGUUAUAUAAUAUGCAGAUAAUCCAUUAUAUUAUUCAAAUUUGCCAGUGGUUUUUUGGCUGUCAAGAGAGGUAAACAAAGAAAGGAGGUUACACGAUUGUUUAUAUUUACUCUUUUUGACAGUAGAUAAACUGAGCUAAUUUUAAUAAUAAAAUGACAUACUCGUAUUACUAUAUUAUAAAAAUGAAAGUAUUAUUUAUUAAUGGUAAUUAAUUAUAUUUUUAGGUAUUACUUAUAUUUUAUAUAUUAAACACUUUUUCUAGAUUGUAGAAUUUGGUUGUGCUGAGCUUAAUUUAUUUUUUUAUUUAAAACCGAAUCCUCAAAUCACCAAUGUUACGUUUGUUGAUAUCGAUUCUAAUAUAUUGGAACUAAAUAAUGGAAAGGUGAUGCCGACCAAUUAUGAUUAUUUGAUAUCGGGGAAUCGUAAACAUCCAUUAGAAGUAAACCUGUAUGCAGGGAGUAUUGCUGACUUCGAUGAUCGAAUGUUGGACAUGGAUGCAGUGAUAUGCAUUGAAUUGUAAAUAAACUUACUAUUGUUUUACUCAAUCUUUAAUAUUUUGGGUCUAUUUAAAUUGAAUUAUAGGAUUGAACAUUUAUACUCGGAUGUUUUGGAUAAGGUACCGUUAACUGUAUUCGGAUUCAUUAAACCAAAGGUAGCCGUGUUCACCACACCGAAUGUAGAAUACAACGUUUUAUUCCCGGAUACUACGCAAAAGUUUAGACACCCUGAUCACAAAUUUGAAUGGAGUAGAAACGAAAUGAAGGAAUGGUUAGUAAUUAUAAAAAUGCUAAGUUAUGAUGAUUGUGUUAUGUGGGAUUAUUUUUUGUAUAGGGCUAAUAGUAUCAUAACCACUUAUCCAGACUACACUGUCGAAUUUGACGGUAUUGGACUAGAUCCUAUUGGUACAAAAGAUCUUGGUUGUUGCAGUCAAGUUGCUAUUUUUUACCGGAAAAAUAUGGAAGCAUCACCUGCGAAUCUUACUGUAAGAUAUUUGUGUAAUUAUUUUAAAUAGGGCAUGUACGUAUAUUCUAUGUUGUGAGUAAAAUAGAUAAUUGAUAGUUGUAAGUUGUAACAGAACACUCCAAUAAUUAAUCAAAUCAUUUCAAUUAAUUCUUUUCAAGAUAAAAAUUUUAAUUAUAGUUAUAAUAAAUAUGUACAAAAAAAUAGUAAUUUCUUUAUUGUAUUUCAAUGCAUACAUUUGAAUUGUAUUUUUGUUUUUUUUUGCAGGGUUUUAAACCUUACAAAUUGUUGAAAAGAAUCAACUAUCCAUAUGAGCCUCCCAACGAAAAAAACGAAAUUAUACUUCAGAAAUUGAGAUCAUUUGUUAUCGAAAAUUCUGCUAAUAAAGAGUUUGUGGUUAAAAGCACAUUGAAAAUACCUUUGAGUUCAAUUAUGCCUCUCGUUUCUGAUUACUGUACGUGCAUGAAAGAAUUGCAGUUAGUAUUUAAUGUUUAUUUAAAAUUGUAGAGUUUAUUUUAUUUUUUAAUAAUAAAUGUUUGAUUGGUCACACACCAAGGUAGUGUGGCGAAAAAAAAAAAAAUGGCAAGAACACCAUGAGUGGUGCAUAAACACAUACUAAUUAAGUGUGCACUGGCAUAUGUGGAUUUCUUUGUAAAAAAGAAAAAAAAAAUGUGGACUUGAAAAUAUUUCAAAAUUACUAUGACCACUUAACGUAAACACUACCAACAACCAGUUUAUAUAGCAUAUCAUUUGCUGCACUACUACUGAUUUAUAGUGGAUAUUCUCGUAAGAAUAUGUGAAGAAUAUAAUAUUGUUUUCACUGCAUGAUGUGUGUAGUAUUUUACAAAAACACCACCAUCACCACACUUUGGAAUGUAUUCGGCCUUGUUUUUUUUUUUAAAUAUUUAUAUUGCUUUUAUUUAUACUGUUAUUGUGUUAAAUUUUUAUUUGUAUUUUUAAUUUGUCCAAACAGAUAUAUUAUAAGUAAGGAAUACUAUACAACAACUAAUAAAGCUGGAGAAUGGAUAAUGAUUACGAAUUUAAAUGGAACUUCUAUACAAAUAUAUAAUUCCGACUCAGAUUCAUCGUCAGACACCAGUGAAGAAGAAAACUGGUUAUUGGAUAACAAUGUCAAAGAAGUAGAAGAAGAAGAAGAAGAAUGGAAUUUACCGCUCAAUGUGGGUACUAGCAAUUCUCAACUUUUUUAUUCUACUCCUAUGGCCAAAGAUAAACAUUUGGAUGUACAAUUUUUAAAUAGUUUAAACGACACCUAUACAAAAUCUAAUAAUAGUACAGCUUCUUCUAAUUCAGACUUCUUCACAACAGCUAUUGAUAACAAUGAUACUAAUAAUGAGGACAUGGAUAUCUCGUCCAGUUGCAAUGGUAGUGUUCUUAUUAAAAAUUGCAAUAUUUAUCAGGAUUUUGUAUCAGGUAGGAAUGAUUUAACAAUUAAAAAUGAAGAUAUCAGUGAAACAGAUGAAGAGACAUUUAUUUGCAAUGCGAAUUAUAAUGAUACCAACAAAGUGAAUGAAGAAAUAAACAAAAAAAAUAGUUUUAUUCAAAACAGUACUAAUGUAUUUUUGAAAAGUAACUGUGGUUCUGAUAUAGCACAUGGGCUCACAUCAAAAAUUGUGGGUAAUUUUUCCAGCGAUGAUAUUAAAGAACCAGACUUGGUGUGCUCAAAUAGGAUAUUGUUAGACGAAAACAAUGAUACUGAAAACCUGUUGUCUUCUCUGGGAAAGGAAAUUCCAAGCAGAAACAUUUAGUUAUUUUAUUAGU